AUGGAAAGGAAAGAAAAGUCAAAAGUCGAGAAGCUGCGAUGCGAUUAUGAUGAUGCGACCCACUUGCCGUGUUAUCGACCAAUCUCGGAUCGGAUCCGAAAUGUGGCGGGUCCGAGAUCUUGUGCCGAGGCGAGCAUCACCAAAGUUUAUUCUUCGCCUCCGCGAUUUGGGAAAGUCAACGCUAACGCCAACGCCAAUACCGACACCGACACCAACACCAACACCAACAUCAACAUCAAGACCAACAUCCCAUCAGCACAGCACUUCCAAAUUCUCCAGCCACCACGACUUUUUAACCAAUUUGUCUGGCUAGUAACGCGACUCCUCCAAUCCCCAACCUUCCACCGUGCCGUCAGGAAGGUCCACAAGAAGGUGCACGAGAUCCAGCGCGGCGAGAAGCUCGUCGACCCCUCCUCCGAGGCGCAGACGCGCGGCGGCACGAACAUCGACCGCCCGCGGCCCGACCUCCGGCGCUUCCUCAAGCACUACAUGGACGAGCUGAAGGAUCAGUUCCGGGGCAUCGGGAGGAGGUGA